AUGGGAGACCGCAGUCGAUCUCGAUCUCGCGAUGGUCCCAAGGAUGUUUCCUCGGCCGCUAAGGCAGGAAACAGCGAGCAGGAGAUUGUCGCAGUGGCCAUCAAGCAGCUGCCAACAGACAUCCGCGAACGCUUGGAGAAGUUGUUCGAAGAAGGCCUGCUGAAGGAAGGUGACCUUGAUCUCCGUGCCAUUACGGUCUUUGCCUCUCUGAACGAGAACCUUCAGUCUCGGGUCCUGAACCAUAUGGAGACGGAGCGAAUUUACGUGGCCAAUGCCCGCUCAAAGAGUGGGUUUUUGAUUGCCACAUGCGACAAAGCCAAGACUGGCUGUCUCGAUGCACGGGGUCUAGGAGCUAUCGACCCGUGGCGCACAGCCCUCGUGGCGAUGGCCACGCCGAAGCAGAGGCAAAUUGAGCUCAAGAGCGAACAGGAUUGGCUGGACGAGAAGGGUGAGACCCCUAUCAAGAUCAAUGUGGACGUGAGCGUCGUGGAGAGCGAGCUCGGUAUGAACAGCGUGACUGUGGAGCUGCCCCUCACGGAGACCUGCGCUGCGGUAAAGGCGAAGCUUGUCGCCAUGGGAGUUCGCUCGAUUCCAGCGAAUCGCAUGAUGCUUCACAACGAGCCGGUCGGUUUCUUCUUGAAGGAGCGAUUCACUUUCGCGUACUACAACCUCAGUGAUGGCAUCACGUUGACCCUUUCGCAGCGCAAGCGUGCCGGCAGCAAGUUCCGCCGGGACCACACGGUCAUGCCCAAGCGGCCAAAGGCCCCACCUCCCGAAAAGAAGCCCGAGCCAACCCCGGCAGCUGGAGGCGUGCCUGCAAAGGCGGGGCUGCCCUCUUUGCCUGGCCUUCCCGAGCUUCCCAAGCUGCCAAGCUUGCCAGGACUGCCCGGAAUGCCUGGCAUGCCCGGUAUGCCCGGCAUGCCCAGCAUGCCAGGAGCAGCGACUUCGCCCGCAGGACCCACCGGCAUCCCACCAAAGCCCGGCAUGCCAGCCGCAACCCCACCACCCAGCAUGGGCCUCCCUGGCGGGAUGCCCAGCCUCCCCAACCUACCAGGUCUCACGGUGCCUGGCGGCAUGCCCGGCAAGGCUCCAGGAAUGGCGCCUCCCAUGCCAGGCGGUGCACCAGGUGGUGGUUACCCCAAGAUGGGCGGGAUGCCCGGCAUGCCUGGAAUGCCACCUGGCGGAAUGCCAGGUGGGAUGCCAGGUGGAAUGCCAGGCGGAAUGCCAGGCGGAAUGCCAGGUGGAAUGCCAGGUGGAAUGCCCAAGAUGGGCGGCAUGCCGGGCAUGCCAGGAAUGCCCGGAAUGCCAGGAAUGCCCCCACAGUUCUGA